AUGUAUUCGGCUGUUUCGUAUUCGGCGGUUAUGUAUUCGGCUGUUUUGUAUUCUGCUGUUUUGUAUUCGGCUGUUUUGUAUUCGGCUGUUUUGUAUUCGGCUGUUUUGUAUUCGGCUGUUUUGUAUUCGGCUGUUUCGUAUUCGGCUGUUUUGUAUUCGGCUGUUUUGUAUUCGGCUGUUUUGUAUUCGGCUGUUUUGUAUUCGGCUGGUUCGUAUUCGGCUGUUUUGUAUUCGGCUGUUUUGUAUUCGGCUGGUUCGUAUUCGGCUGUUUUAUAUUCGGCUGUUUCACGGCAAUUUUACAUGACGUACAGGAUCCUGGAUCUGAUCGCAGGCUCGUAUAUACAUAAAAACAUGGAGGAAGACUUCACAAUCGAGGUAAGAAAUCUUCUGAGACGCUGUGUUUUAAGUAUACUUCACCAACUAGAGCAACGUAGUGGUGAAAGCAGUAGUCUUGAAAAUGCUCAGUUUAGGUUGGAGUGGCUAUUGGGUAUAGUGAUAAGAUAUCAUCACAGUAAUAUUAUUCAACGGGCUGUUGUCGAUCUCCUCUCAGAAGCACUAUCUAUCAUAACCAAUUCGUGCGAAACACAACACGAUGCAGCUGCUGGGCGUUUGUUCUCUGGGUCUCCUGGCCGACCAAAGUUCAACAUAUCCCACGAACAACUUGAAUUUCUCCUCGAAAGACGUUUUACUACCGUACAAAUGUCGAGGUUACUGGGUAUUAGUGUGCGUACCAUAGAGCGUCGCAUGGCGGAGUUUGGUUUAUCAGUUAGAGGGACUUAUACAAUUAUAUCAGACGAGCAGUUAGAUACAACAACGUUGGAAAUUUUGACUAGUUUUCCAAACAUUGGCUAUAAACGAAUGACUGGUCAUUUGCGAUCUCGAGGAAUGAGAAUCCAGCAAAAAAAAAUUCGAGAGUCAAUGCGAAGGGUGGAUCCACAGGGGACUCUUAUUCGUGCAUUGGAAAUGAACAUCAUACAUCGCAGAGCAUAUUCAGUCCCGUCACCUUUAGCUCUAUGGCACAUUGAUGGUAACCAUAAGCUAAUAAGGUAUGUGCCUACAGUGCAGGGGUGUAUAUAGUUACCAGAGGGGUUACUUUCUCCCCUGCCAAGGUCUUGAAAGGGUUAUUUUUACCAUUAGUCAGGAGUGGUAUAAGAAAUGAACCCCAAAGAAAAUGAUGGAUAGUUGAGAAAUUGUUAGUGAGGGAUGUUGGAGGGGUCCUCCCCAGAAAAAGUUUGUAUUUUUGAGACUCCAUGACUAGAUUUCCUGGAUUUUAGAGACAUUUUUAUAUAUCUCAUCUAAAUGGACUGGUCUUUCCCCUGGUCAAUCCCUGAGGAAUGGCAAAUGGGUCAUUCCAGAAAAGAUCCAUACCCCCCUACGGAGGAAAUCGAAAAUAACCCCCUCCCCCCCUUCGGACAUCCUUGAAUGGUUCAUCCUCCCCCCUCUCCGGACAUCAAAGCCCAAAAUUACCCCCCUCCCCUUCGGACAUCCACUAUUUCUAAAUUUUUCUAAAGGCUACCUCGCCGUUUGAAAACGUCACCGAAAGUUAGACUACGUUCACACUACGCGCGAGCGAACUAAUGCGGGCAGAAUUUACAUGUGUUCACACUACCGCCAUUACAGUUUGUUUACAAAUUAAAUUUAGCACUCGUGUAAACCCAAAAUAUUUCAAAUAGACCCAAGAAAUUUAACUGAAAAGCAUUCGAGUUUACACGUUUGUGUUCACACGAAGCUAUCAAGCGCUCCGCCGUUUUCACCUCGCUCCGUUUAGAAACCGUGCUCAAAUUGUUACGGCAAAAGUGACGUGAAAGUUUUCAAACGAUUUCGCUCCAGCGUAGAGUGAAUUAGCGAUGGCUUAUUGUGACUUUCCUACAUUGUUUUCAAAUAGCUCCGGCGUGGCGGAACACUUGGCGGCUUCUUGUGACUUGCGAACACAAACACGUGGCAAGUUUUGUAGAAAUUCAAUAAUUUGCAGAAAUUCACUUCGAAAUUCGUUCAAGUAAAAUUCGGACUGAAAUUCGAUGUAACUUGCGACUGAUUGACAAGCAUUGCUAUGUUUACUUACAUGUUAAUGCAUUUUUUAGUAUUACUGCAUGCCUUAACCUCGCCCUUAAUAUGAAAGCCAUUUCUAAUUUCUAGACACGCACCUCGCAAGGAAGGCUUUAUUGACUAUAUACUAUUUGUAUAUAUAUACUGUUUUGAGUUCAGUUCACAUAGCAGUCUCUUAAUUCGAGCAACAGAUUAAUAACUAUUAUUUUUAACACUUGAAUAAUUCAAACUUAUAUAUACGAACGAAAACUGUAAACUAUAUAAAUAAAGCGUGUCAAUUUUCGACUCAUUCUCAACAUGCAGGAUCAACCUCGCAAGCCAGGGCCUUCUACCUACGCUGGGCUGCGUGCAGGAUACGCUGUUACAGCGAGUUAGUUUUUGGUGGCCAUGCAUGCAAAAGUGGGCCGCUUAUUUUGCUUACGAGUUACGUGGACGUAUAAUUAUUGCUGUUACAUAAACGUUCCGGUGUUCAAGAGCUACAUAUAGCCGAUAAAAAUUGCGUGCUCAUUAUAAUCGCCGAUCACAUAGCUUUAUCACAGUCUCAAACCUUCAGACAAACAUAUCCACAUUCCUCUCCCCCCCUUCGGACAUCCUAAGACAUUUUUCCUCUCCCCCCCCUUCGGACAUCCUAAGACAUUUUUCCUCCCUCCCCCUUCGGACAGCAAAAAUUUCCUCCGUGGGGGGGGUAUGGAUCUUUUCUGGAACGACCCAAUAUAGUGCUAACGCUGCAGGGUAGGGAUCAAGUGACCAUACCCUGUAGUAGGUCAUAAUUCAGUGGCAGAUUCCCCAAACCAAAGUACAGUAGCUUAUUCAACUUUUGAAAGAAGAUGUUAUUACAAAACAUAAAUGGUACAAGGCAAAACAACUGCAUAAUCCAAUGGUAACAUACUACGUAGCUUUCAAAUUCCCUGCCUCAGGAAGAGCCAAAUGGCAAGUGCCCCACUUUUGCCAGAGAGGAAUGGAUUUGACUGGUCACAUCCUGGUUUGAAAGGUCUUCUGUCAAUUUGAGGUAUACGUCCUUGAUCAAUUUUCGCCGGCUUGAGGGGGUAUACUAAAUCGGUUCAUAUUAUGUUCAUUUAGGUGGAGAUUUGUUAUUCACGGUUGUAUCGAUGGGUUUUCUCGCAUGGUUGUGUAUUUGGGAUGUUCCACUGAUAAUAAAGCUGCUACCGUUUUUACCCUUUUUAUGGAUGGUGUGACAGAGUUUGGUUUGCCUUCACGAGUUAGAUCCGAUAAAGGGGGUGAAAAUGUAGAUGUUGCCUGGUUCAUGCUUACACACCCAAGUCGAGGCCCUGAUCGUGGAAGCCAUAUCACUGGUCGAAGUGUCCACAACCAGCGGAUUGAAAGGAUGUGGAGAGACCUUUUCGCUGGCUGUACUCACCUUUUCUACGAGUUGUUUCACUUCAUGGAGGAAUGUGGCAUCUUAGAUGCAUCAAAUGAACAUCAUUUGGCUGCUCUUCAUUAUGUAUAUCAACCUAGAAUUAAUCGGAGCUUAGCAGAUUUUAAAUCAGGUCACAAUAAUGGGCCUAUUAGCAGUGAAGGUAAUCAAAGUCAUGAACAACUCUGGAUUAAUGGCAUGAUACGAAAUAGGAACCCUCAUGGGACA